AUGUUUGUAAACUGCUGCCUCCUGGUGACAUUCAUCCUGGGGCUCUCCCGUUGCACGGGAUCCUACGUCCCCUGCGAACCUUGCGAUGAGAAGGCGCUGUCCAUGUGCCCGCCGGUUCCGGUCGGCUGCCAGCUGGUGAAGGAGCCGGGCUGCGGCUGCUGCCUGACCUGCGCCCUGGCCGAGGGGCAGGCGUGCGGCGUCUACACCGGCACCUGCACCAAGGGCCUGAGAUGCCUGCCAAGGAGCGGAGAGGAGAAGCCCCUGCACGCCCUGCUGCACGGCCGGGGAGUUUGCACCAACGAGAAGGGCUACAAACCUGCCGCCGCGCCCAGAGAUCGGGAUAGCCGGCUGGAUAUGGACGCCAUGACUCCUGAAGUUACAGCAGUGGUGCAGCCAGCCAAAGUACCACUCCUUCCAAAAGACAUUGUGAACAGUAAAAAAGCGAUUGCAGUGCGCAAGGAGGAGAAGAGGAAGCUUUCCAAGCAACGCAGCUAUAUCCCCAAUGUGGAUUACUCCCCCAUGGACAUCGACAAGCAUCACGAGCCUGAAUUUGGUCCCUGUCGGAGAAAACUGGAUGAGAUCAUUCAAAAAAUGAAGGACACUUCAAGAGUCAUGGCCCUCUCUCUCUACCUUCCCAACUGUGACAGAAAAGGAUUCUUCAAGCGUAAACAGUGCAAACCAUCUCGCGGCCGCAAGCGGGGCAUCUGCUGGUGCGUGGACAAGUACGGUGUCCAGCUGCCGGGGACGGACUACAGCGGGGGAGACAUUCAGUGCAAAGACCUGGAGAGCAGCAUCAACGAGUGAAUCAGAGGGGGGG